CAAAAAAAAGUCACCCUUCAACGACCACCCAAACACCCAUUGUCCUCCCUCAAUUGGACCGAAUUCCUUUAAUAGAAUUCCUCCAACUUACGCGACAUCGCCAAAAUCAUCAAUUCCCUCCGCGCACCGCGAUUUGACCGAUCGAUCCACUCAUGGCCGGCGAAGAAUCUGCCGCGUCGGCGAACAUCCCGGCGUGGAAAAAGCUAGGCCUGAAACUCAAAUACGCCAAGGACCCGAUUGAAGAGGAGAUCGAGGCGAACAAGGGCAAGGGCAAGUCAAGCACCAAGGGAGCUGCUGCGGAGACUGAGAAUGCCGGCGCGACGAACGAGUCGGCGCUGAAGGAGGAGGGGAAGAAGCAGCGCAAGAGCAAGAAGAGACGGCAUGAGGAUGAUGAGGAGGAGGACGUGAAAAAGAACAAGGCCGACUCCAGCGAGAAGAAGAAGUCGAAGAAGAAGAGGGUGUCAUUCUCGGCAGAUGCGAAGGUGCAUGAUGGCGAGGAGAGCGACCACGACCAGGCGGCGUCUGAUGCCGAUGCCGAUGACGAGGACUCUUCGAAGACUGACGGGCCUGGUGAGAAGAAUGGAAUCGAGGAGGGUGGCAAGAAGAAAAAGAAGGAGAAGAAGAAGAAUAAGAGCAAGGAUGGACAGUCGACGACUGGCGACAAUGGAUCGCCGAGAAUUCACGAGACUCCGAUACUGUCUUAUCUCGGUCUUUAUUACAAGCACCGGGAUGCUUGGAAGUUCCAGAAGAACCGUGAGACUCAUCUCUUCAAGCACAUCCUUUCGCUGGAACACGUUCCGACUCAGUACAACGCUGCGCUGCUGGCAUAUCUUCAAGGACUGAAGAGCGAAGGUGCGAAGCAGCGACUACGGGAAAUUGCGGAGGAGGUGGUGAAAGCAGAGAUCGAGGGGGCAUCUGCAGAGGGCAAUGCCGACAGUACGGAAGAAACGCAAGAGAAGCCCGAGCAGGACAUGGCCAACUACAACAAAGCAGUUGAUGCUUUCAAGGCACACCUGUCCGAGGAUAAGAAAGACGAACUGGACCGCGUGCACAGCGCCGAUGAACUCGGCGGGGAGACCCUGAAGAAGCUCGAGAAGAGACAGCGAGCAGAGCUUCUGCUAUUUGCGGUCAAUGGUGCUCUAUACUCCUUCCAGAAACCCAAACCCCCUCCUGCGCAGAAGGGUAAGGGAGCGAAGAAAGCCACCCCUGCCAAAAAGAAGAAGAAGAACCGCACGGCGUUCGUUGAAAUCUCGAGUAGCAGUGAGAGCGACAGUUCCAGCGAUAGUGACAGCGACAGCGACGACGACACGGCCAAGAAAUCCAAAACUAAGAAACCUCAACCCAAGAAGAAAUCACGCAAGGACUCCAGCGACUCUUCCGACUCGAGCAGCGAUAGCGACAGCACGAGCUCGGGUGGCUCUUCGUCCUCUUAGCUCCAUGACCCAGGAACCGAAAUUGAUUCUAUGCCUAAUCUCGAUAUGCUUUCAAGCAGCAUUUCUUAAGCCCUCUCUGCCAUGGGCGUACUGCAUCGUCUUAUUGUCUCAUGUCUUAUUUUGUUCUCCCAGAGAAUAUACCCUAAAAGUUCAUAGCGAAAAGUUUGAUACCUAGGCUAGGCAUACGAAGGAGUUGUUUUUUUAGGC